CUUUUGCAUUCCUUCUUUUAGUUGAUUGUUUUUGUUUCCUGACAGCCUGCGUGGGUCGAGCGUCUUUCCUGCUAAUGAGAAGCAUCUUGUUCACAGAAGGAGAUGGGGAGAUGGACGUUACAUCUCUCAGUGCGGCUCGGGCUUCUCGCCGUCCUGUUGACCUGCUGUUACGCUGAAGUGAACUACUGCUUCGCCUCCAGAGCCAAGUCCUGCUCCGAAUGCCUGCAGUCGGGGAAAGGCUGCGCAUACUGUCCUGAUGAGAACUUUAAUGGCCCUCGCUGUGACCUGUACAAGAAUAUAAUCAGCCACGGCUGCAGCGCUGCAGCUGCGCUCACAGCUGAAAGCAGUAUGAUGAUAGAAAGAAAUCAACAAAUCGACAUGAAACUUUCGCAGUCCCAAGUGUCUCCACAGCAGAUGACCAUGAGCUUUCUACCGGGAGAAGAGAAGCUGGUGGAUGUGGAAGUGUUUUCUCCAACCAAAGGCCCCCUGGACCUUUAUAUUCUCAUGGACUUCUCCAACUCCAUGGCUGACGAUUUGGACAACUUGAAGGCUAUGGGCAAAGAGCUGGCUAAAUUGGCCAAAGAUCUGUCCAAUAACUUCACCAUUGGGUUUGGGAAGUUUGUGGAUAAAGUGAUCGAGCCCCAGACGGACAUGAGAAAAUCCAAGCUCUUUCAGCCGUGGCCCAACAGCGACCCUCCGUUCUCCUUCGAAAAUGUCAUCAAGCUAACGAAAGACAUUCCCUUCUUCACCAGUGAGCUCCAGAAGGAGAGAAUAUCUGGCAACCUGGAUGCUCCUGAAGGAGGUUUUGAUGCCAUAUUGCAGGCUGCAGUUUGUACGAAUAAUAUCGGGUGGCGUGACCACAGCACGCAUCUCCUGGUUUUCUCCACCGAGUCGGCCUUCCACUACGAGUCUGACGGCGCUAACGUGCUGUCAGGCAUCCUGAAGCGCAACGAUGAGCUCUGCCACCUGGACAAAGAUGACAAAUACACAGAGGAUGUCAACCAGGAUUACCCUUCAAUACCCACACUGGUCCGUUUACUGGGCGACCACAACAUCAUUCCCAUCUUUGCUGUCACCAACCACUCCUUCACGUACUACAAGAAACUCCAACAAUACUUCCCCAUUGCUGAGGUCGGUUUGCUGCAAGAAGACUCGGCCAAUAUCGUGCAAAUCAUGAAGACUGCCUUUGCGAAUAUCCGUUCUAAGAUGAGCAUCCGUACACAGAACAAACCCAAGGCCUUCGAGACACAGUUCUUGUCCUCCAAAGGAAGCGUUGCACAAUACGGGGAAUUUGUUGUCGAGCCUGGAGAAAUAGGCAGGUUCAAGAUGCUUGUGAAAGCCCAGCAAAUGGUCAAUGAGCAACCUGUCUGUCAGUUGGCUCAAGAUGACAAAGAGGGAAUAAUGAAGGUCAAACCAACGACCUUUAACGAUGGCGUCAAUGUUAAGGCCUCGAUUUUGUGUCCAACAUGCGCCUGUGAGAAUACUAUCGUCUCUAAGGCAGCCAGAUGUUUUGGCAACGGAGACCUGGUGUGUGGGAAGUGUCAGUGCCAUGAGGGCUGGGUGAGCACAUUCUGUAACUGCUCAGUAAGUACUUCAACUAAUGACAACAGCCAGUGUAUCGGUCCGGGCAUGACGGAGCCGUGUUCCGGGCGCGGUGACUGCCUGCAGUGUGGAGCCUGUGUGUGCUACAACCCGGAUCAGUUCGAAGGACCGUACUGUCAGUACGACAAGACCCAGUGUCAGAGAUACGGAGGCUUCCUCUGCAAUGACCGUGGCUCUUGUGUUAUGGGUCUGUGUUCGUGCACUGAGGGCUGGGACGGUGAGGCCUGUCAAUGUCCCAAGAGCAACCAGACCUGUCUGGACGGCAAGGGCGGCAUCUGCAACGGGCGAGGUAAUUGUGUCUGCGGCCUCUGUGAGUGUCCAGACUCUGCUAUGGAAAUGACUUCAACCUGUGAGCCAAAUUUCCAGGCCCAGUUGGGCGUGUGCGAGGCUACGAGGAGUUGCGUCCAGUGUCAGGCGUGGAAGACCGGAGAGAAGAAAGACAAAGAGGAUUGUGCAAAGUGCCCCUUUAAAAUAAAAUUUGUGGAUAAGCUGAAAGAAGUCGACAAGGUGCUUGACUCGUGUGAUUUCCGUGAUGAGGACGACGACUGUACGUAUUACUACACUGUCGAAAACCCUACAGAUCCAACAGUUAAAGACUUGGACGUCCAGGUGCUCAAAAAGAAAGAUUGUCCCCCUGCCAGCCUGCUGUGGUUGCUCCCGUUCCUCUUGUUCCUCUUGUUACUGCUGGCACUUCUGCUGCUCUGCUGCUGGAAAUACUGCGCCUGCUGCAAAACCUGCUGCCAGAGCUGUCUGGCGCUGCUGCCUUGCUGUAGGAGAGGUCGCAUGGUUGGCUUCAAGGAAGACGAGUAUAUGCUCCGCCAGUCUCUGCUCACCUCAGACCAUCUGGACACACCGAUGGUGAGGACCGGCCCGCCCAAAGGAACCGAUGUGGUUCGCUGGAAGGUCACUGAUAACGUACACCGGGCACCCAAUCACCCGCAGGCUCUGAUAAAGCCCAACCCUAAAGAGACCAUCCAGUUUCCGCUCUCCCUCCGGCUAAACAGGUUGUUCUCUGAGAACCUGUCUCGCCCCGAAUCCAGAGAUGCCGAACAGCUUCGCAAGGAAGUGUCCGAUAACCUCAAUGAGGUGUACAAGCAGAUUCCUGGCGCCCAGAAAGUGCAAAAAACCUCAUUCAGGAUGCAGAGAAAUGCUGGAAAAAGGCAGGACUACGCCAUCAUGGACACCGUCUUAUCUGCUCCUCGCAGCAGCUACCCUGAUAUCGUCAAACUCACUGAGAAGAAUGUCCAGUCUGGAAACGUAAAUGAUCUCAAAGUGGUGCCCGGCUACUACACUGUGGCCACAGACAGAGAGGCUGCAGGAGCCGUGGAGUUUCAGGAAGGCGUUGAUUCGGUGGACGUUCACGUGCCUCUCUUUGUCAAGGAUGAAGACGAUGACAAGAAGCAGCUUCUGGUGGAGGCCAUGGAUGUGCCGCUGGGCAUCGCUGAGAUUGGAAAACGUUUGGUCCACAUCACCAUCACCAAAGAGCAUGCCACCAACAUCUUCUCGUUCCUCCAGCCGGCCUACACCUACAGCAGGCAAGACGGAGUCGCCAACAUCCCGAUCAGCAGAGAGAUCAUAGAAAACGGACGCACACAGGUCACGUACCGUACCAAGGACCUCACUGCCAAGGACAAGAAGGACUAUGUGAAUGUGGAAGGAGACCUGAGCUAUGGUCCCGAUGAGACCCAGAAAAUUGUGCCUGUUCGUCUGCUGGAGCUGAACGAGAAAGAUGGCCUCCUGGAAGAAAAGCAGGUCAAGCAGUUUGUCAUGGACCUCAGUAACCCACGGCAGGGCGCCAAGCUGGGACGCUACCCGAGAACUACUGUCACCAUCACAGACCUACCAGAGCCAAGUGUGAUGAUGUUCAAAAAGGGCACACAGAACUUCACCACAUCUGACCCAACCUACACCAUCCCUGUGGUCCGUACUCGCAACCUGGACGGCCCCGCCACAGUGAAAUGGCGCACCAAGAAGUCCCAGCGCUUUGAAUUAGCUGGCCCUCUAAAGUUCAAUCCUGGAGAGAUGGAGAAGAACAUUGUGAUCGACCCGAAGGCCCACCCCGGCUCAAUCCAGCCAGAGACCUUUCAGCUGGAGCUGUUUGAACCGAGUACCAAUGCUUCUAUCGGAGAGAGGAAGACCACUCUUGUCAAUGUCGGAGGUCCCAACUCUCCAGAGGUUGCCCAGAUACAGCAGAAAGGCUUCGUAAACCCGAAAGUCACCUCCUCUGGCGGUCACCUUCUCUCGCCUGCAAACUUUAAGGCCAAAGCAACCGGAGCCAGAAACAUCCACCUCAACUGGGACCCACCGUCCGGUAACACCUUGGGGUACAAGGUGAAGUAUUGGAUCUAUGGCGACCCAGAGAAAGAGGCACAGGUCAUAGAUGUGAAGACACCCCAAGCUGAGUUGACCAACCUGUACCCCUGUUGUGACUAUGAGAUGAGAGUGUGCGGCUACAAUGCAAUGGGAGACGGCUACGAUUCAGACAUGGUUGCGUGCCAAACCCUGGAAGAUGUGCCUGGUGAACCCGGACGUCUGGCCUUUAAUGUCAUCAGUCGGACUGUCACCCAGGUCAGCUGGGGGGAGCCUGCAGAGACCAAUGGUGAUAUUAUGGCUUAUGAGGUCAUCUACACCCCCAUCGAUGAGGAUCUGAAACCAGUGGGCACCGCUAAGAAAGUAAAGAUCGACAACCCCAAGAAGCGAAUGCUGUUGAUCGAGAACCUCCAGAGCGCCCAGACCUACCAGUACAAGGUUCGGGCCAUGAACAGCAUGGGCUGGGGCCCCUUCAGGGAUGCCACCAUCAACCUGGCAUCCCAGCCUGCCAGACCUCUGUCCAUUCCCAUCAUUCCUGAUAUCCCUAUUGUGGAUGCGGAGGCAGGAGACGAGUAUGACAGCUACCUGAUGUACAGCAGUGAGGUGAUGAAGUCCCCUGCAGGCUCCAAGACACCCAGCGUCUCUGGUGAAGAGUACACGAUGAAUGGGAAAUGGGACCAGAACUUCCUUUUCCCGGGGGGGUCAGGGACGCGCAACCUGUCCACAUCUUCGUCUCCGAUGUCCACGCUGAGCUCAAACUACAGAGGGGCCGGCGGGUCCUACUCCACAGAAACAUCCACCACCUACAUGAUGGGAGGAAUGGGAGGUGGAGGAAUGGGAGGUGGAGGAGGUGUACACACUACCGAAGUCAUCAUGAGGAAGCGCUCGGAGAACCGGGGGUACGCAGAUGAAAACAUCCGAGACUCUAUCGUAAUGGGAGACGUGUCAAGCAAGUUCCCAGAUCUCGGUGGUUUCGGCUACGCUGGGAUGCAGAGCAGCUCUCAGAGCCAGUUCAGCUACAGCCUGUCUCAGGGCACCAGGGCGCGGACUGAGUCUUCAGACGUCAAUGAAGCCCUUUAUAACCUGGACAGGGUGCUCCAGGAUGCUCGACUUUCUCCGGGUGUACCGGACACUCCCAGCAGGCUGGUGUUUUCUGCUCUGGGUCCCACGGCCCUCAAGGUCAGCUGGCAGGAGCCCCACUGUGAGAAGGACAUCCAGGGCUACUGUGUUCUCUACCAGCAGCUCAAUGGAGGGGAGGUGCAGUGCAUUAAUGUGAGCCCAGCAGAGAACUCUGUCAUCAUCCAGGACCUGCUGCCCAACCACUCCUACCUGUUCAAGGUGAAGGCUCAGAGCGAGGAGGGCUGGGGUCCGGAGAGAGAGGGAGUCAUUACCAUCGAGUCCGCCGUCGACCCCAAGAGUCCCCUCAACCCCAUGCCAGGCUCGCCAUUUACUCUGAGCACUCCCAGUGCGCCGGGCCCGCUGGUCUUCACGGCUCUGAGCCCCGAUUCCCUGCAGCUCAGCUGGGAGAAACCCCGGAAACCCAACGGAGACAUCCUGGGAUACAUAGUCACCUGCGAGCAGCUGCAUGGUGGAGGAGAUGUGCGCUCCUUCCAGGUGAAUGGGGACAGUGCUGAGACCAGUCUGACCGUCCCGAACCUGACGGAGAACGUCCCCUACAAGUUCAAAGUUCAGGCUCGGACCACACAGGGCUUCGGUCCUGAGAGGGAGGGCAUCAUCACCAUCGAGUCUCAGGACGGAGGCGAUUUGUCUGAGUUCAACAGCCAAUCAAUGUCGAGGAGGGAAGUUUUCCAGUUGCCAACAGAUGUCAGCACGCGGACCAACGUCUCCCACACCAUGAUCAACGACCCCUACUUCUCAGACGGCAUGACGAUGACCACGCAGCACACUGAGUCCAGCGGCAUGGUGACCCGGCAGGUCACCAAGGAAGUGGUUCAGAGGAGCGUUAUGGGAGGAACCACCGUCACAAAGAAGAUGUUUUAUGAAUCUUAAGAUCUUAUUGAACCCAAAUUUAACAGCCAAAAGGUUUCAACAUGAUGAGGAAUCAUAUCUGAGAUUCUCUUUUAAAAAGAGUGCUCACACACUAUCAGUGUAUGCUUUUAUACAUGUGUGUGUGUUGUAGUGAGAUUUUGCGACCAAAAAAUGUAAAAUAUAGAUGUCUGUUACGAACUUUGGCCACUUUUCCUCCAUCGCAUUUAACAUUUACAGUCAUUGCUGCUUCUGAUUUCAGUUUCUUUCCACUAUGCAAAUUCAUUAAUGUGAGAGUCAGUUCAGAUGUGGUUACACACACUGGAGCUUUAAAUCAGCAGUAAUCUGACUAAAGUAAUCCAAAGUGACCUUGUCUCCUUGUCCUCCACCUGUCUGUACGAGGUGUUUAAAGGUUAAACCCACCAAAUUCCAACUUCACCGUCUUGUUCAAAUGCAUCUGUUUGCAGAAGAGAUUUCAUGUGUCAUCAUUUUCACCCAAAGUGGUUUUAUCCUGAAUAUAAAAGUGGUUUAUUUGGGAUUUUUUGUUGAUAGAUUUGUAUUAUAUAAAAAGUGUGAUCGUUUUUUUUCUAAGCAUAUUUAACUUUUAAAAGUUGUUGUACUUAAACGUACAAUAUGUAAUUUGUACUUUGCCACUAGGGGGCUCUUUAUCCGAACAAUAACAAAAGACGGAGUUGUGGCGUAGUGUGGUAUCAUGGGAGUUUUUACCAGCAGCCGAAUUAUCCACAAAGGUCUCCUCCCUGGUGAAUUAAAACAGUAAAAACACGGAAUAAAGCAGUUUCACAUUACAAAUCAAUGUUCCCUGGUGGACACAGGGUGGCUAAAGGCUAACGUUAGCUUAGCUUGUUUCUCUGAUGAAUUAGAGCCAGACGUUCAGGAGAUUUUUUACCAGGAGCAGAAUUAUCCACAGAACAAACAUACUCUGUGACUAAUACCAGUAAAAACAGUGAAUAAAGCAGUUUCACGUUAAAAAUCAGUGUUGGAGUGGCUACAAGCUAACGGCUAACGUUUGCGCAGCUUGUUUCUCUGAGAACUUAAGAUCCAGACGUCUGAGGACUAAAAUCCUUCAUCCGGUUCAAAUAUAGAGUUAAAAAGCACCAAGAUGUAAAAAGUGUCUGGUAAAAAAGUGACAUUUGAAUGCAGAAAUGUUACAUAUUAUACUUUUAAAGCAGACUGACAAGAAAUGUAAUGCCAAAUAUAAAGGUAUUUCCGCAAAUGUAUGCGCAUUUCCUACUGACGAGCUGAUUUUACAAUACAAAUGAUAAUAAAUGUAUUAAAUGUAACAUGUUUUUGCAUUUUUUUAAAGAUGUUUUAUACUGUGGUAUACACUGCUUCAAGUUGAUACUUGCUUCCUCAGUCAUUGUAUUUUGCAUUUUGAGUAGAAUAACAUUCGGGCAAUGAGAUCUUGAUAUUUUGAGAGAAAUUGUGCGUAAAGACAGAAAGAUUGUAUUUGCUUCAAUGCAAGUCCUACUGUAUUUUGGCUCCACAUUUUGUUGAAAAUGAUUCUGUAAAACAUAUUUUGAGAAGAUAUUUCUGUCAGAAAAACCUGAUGUGGAUACACGUAUGAACGUUUCACCAAAAACACUCUUGGUUAAGUAUUCAUGUUCUUUUAAACAACUUGCAAGACACUUUUUCUUUUGGUAUGUCAGUUCUAUUGCACAAUAAAGAUUUGAAAUAAAUACAUUUGAGUGUUUCUUAGAUCUGUGACCACUAAAGACAAGUAUUUAAUUUAUUGAUGUUUGGGGGGGGGGGGCAUAUUAAUAAUGCACGUAUAAACAAUCAACUUAAACACAGCUGCAGAUACAAGCCUGUUUGCAGGAGAAUGAACUCUUCACAUGCCUCCACCCAGUCUAGUUCUCUGCCUGUGCAUGUUCUCAUCAGCUGCACUGCGGCUCUUAAGUAGCUGCUCGCUCACAGUGCCUUCAUGCUUUUAUAACAUUUGUUAAGUUAUUUUGCAAGUUUCAUCUCGAAGUAAUAAAAGAAAGCAAUCAAAAAAAAAUAAAUUCAAUAUCUCCAGCGUUUAGUUUUCACUUUUUACGGAAGAAUCAUACGGUUCUUUGUGGGUCGAGGACCUUUUUCAAAGCUUAUUGGACAAAACAUUUCCAUUUCGCUAAAGACGAGGCUGUUGAGGACAGUAGGGCUGCACAAUUAAUCCACAAUUAAAUGAACAAACCUUCCUGAAUAUUGCGGCUGCAGUAGAAGAGUUACAAAAAUGCUCUGAAUUCAGGUGAAGAAGACGUUUUUUAAAGUCUUAUUUUGAUGCAAAGAUUUGUUAAUAAGCAGAAAUGCACAAUGUGAUUGAUUUAAUUUUGGGUAAAAAAGGUUUUUUUACAAUUUAAUUUAAUAUUUUGCUUCUAGGAGAUGCACUGAAAACAAGGAGCAGUCUUAUUUUGAUAAACAUUAGCACAACAUGGAAGUGAAAGUGCAAUAAUAAAUAUUUUGUCCCUAAAAUCAACGAAUAAUCGUGAUUAUCAUUUUGGACAUAAUUGUGCAGCCUUACAACACAAAUAGUCAAAUACUGUUUGCCUGUAUGAGUAACAGAACGUGUGACGCAGAAUGAUGCCGGUUCUCGUCCCUGUGUGACCUUGCGAGGAAACCCGCAGGAAGAGUCCAACUUUUGAACCGCGUUUCCACCGCAUGGUACGGCUCGACUUUACUCGACUCACUUUUGGUACUUUUCGCUAUUGACGGUAGUUUGUUAUUUAAAACUGCAGGGUGUGUGUACGAUGUCCUGUGACAUGCCUUUUCUCUGACCAAUCAGACGUCUGCAGUGUUUUUUACGUCCCUUUUAGUUUUGGCUCAGCUAGUUUGUAACCUCGUGGUUGUAGGGAUGUUAGAAACCAGAAAUGUAGUAGCCGAUACCAGUGAAAUUUCACGAUUCUUGAUACUAAUUCAAUACCGCGAUAAUAACAAUAAAUCCCCUUCAACAUGAACACAUUUUUACUGUUUACAUAUUGUUUUUUGUUAUGAAGUUAAACAGGCCAUCUGUUUUAUAUUGCUGUGAAAACAGGAUUUAUUUUCUAGUUUUUCGUUAACUAGCUAAUGUUAACUAGCUAAUGUUAACUAGCUAACAUUAACUAGCUAAUGUUAACUAGCUAAUGUUAACUAGCUAAUGUUGACUGGAUAACGUUAACUAGCUAACGUUAACUAGCUAACGUUAACUAGCUCUCCUGCUGCUUAAUUCAACACUGAUUUGUUGUUCACAAUGUAGCAUUA